AUGUCAUCCUCAGAGGGCUCCUUUGACUCGGCUUUCACCACCUACCCAGAAGUUACCCCUUCGGGAAUCAUACACGAUCACUACACCGGCAAGAGCUACGUUCCAUCAUCCACCAGACCCGACGGCACAGAGCGCAAGGAGAUCACAGUUCGACCGGGAUACCAGCCAAAGGAAGACAUGGUGCUCUACAAGUCCGUCGCUGCACGAAUGGCAGCACACGAAUCAUUCAUCCAAAACACGUCCUGCUCGCCACUUGAAGCAAACAUGGACGUCGAGAUUGAUGUUCCGUACACCACUGCGGUCAACCCCUUCGCCACAGACCUUCGGAAUGCGCCAAAUACUUUCGCCCCAGCCAUGGCCAAAGAAGAGCAGAUAAAUUACCGCCGCGGACCAUCUGUGAUCCCAGAAGGAGAAUUCACCGUGGAACGAGCCCUGGAUAUGCUUGAAGCCCAGGCCAGAUACCAACCCCCCGGCCGUCGAUGGAGACCUGAUCAACAGAGGGUACACGAUAUUUUCACAAACUACGAGCAUUAUGGUCUCGUGAGAGUUCCAAAGAAGACCUACGAUGAACUACCCAAGCGAGGCGACAAAGAUCUGUCUCAUCUUUUGGAAACCAAUGACCAGAGCCAGCGGUUCGGUAUGCAGGAGAUGCAGCAAGAGAUUCAGGGUAUUGAGAUGCACUUGAAUAAGGGCCCCGAAAUCACAGGAAAUCCGGCAAGAGGUCAAGCUCACGACUUGAGUUACACUUGGGGAGCUUUUUCGGAGCAAACCUACAACAGUGGCUCCCGUAGAGCAUAA